AUGGUGUUUCGCUGGCCAGUUGGUUCGGCGGAGUUGGCGCUGCUCAAGACGGGUUCCGUCGUGGGCAUUCUGGCACUGCCAUCGAUAUUCCAGGCAGUUGGGUUGCUCUACGGAGCACUGCUCUGCGUGGCGUGCGUCUGCACUUCGGCGCUGGCCAUUGUGCUGCAGGCGCAAGUGGCCGAAUACGUCCCCAAUGGGUGUGUGUCGUUCUUCAUACUCGCCGAGAUGGUCGACGACCGCCUGCCCGUGCUAUUCGACAUCGCAAUGGUUGUCAGGGGGCUCGGUGUCUCGACAGCGUAUCUGGUCAUCGUGGGGGACUUGCUCCCGCAGUUGUUCCCAGCACAAUGUAUCCCCGCAAGGUGGCUGUGCAUUCUACUUGUCGCGGCCUGCCUCGCUUUGCCGCUGAGUUGCAUACACGGGCUUAGCGUCUUGGGAUACUCUCCCAUUCUGUCAUCGACGCUCACCGCUGUCCUCGCAGUGUGCAUGCCGCUGUUUUACCUCUUUGGUGGAGUAUCACCCUUUGACGCGGGCACCGUAACCAGAGCGACUAGCAACGGUGCCCCGAGGCUGCUAGGCUUGCCCCUGCUCAUGUUCAUGUUCACCUGUCACCAAAACAUAUUUCCGACACUGAACUGCGCAAGGGAGAGGGGCCUCAAGCACACACUGAGGGUCCCACUCACGUACUUGGCCGCGUACGCAGCGGUAUGUCUCAUUUGCGGUAUCACGGGGUACCUGACCUUCCACAAAAGUACACGAACGAUCCCGAGCAACGUUCUGUUGCUGUACCCACAGGGAAGCAUCCUCGGAACACUCUGCCGUGUCACUACAUUGCUGAGUGUCACAUUGAGUUUCCCGCUCCUGUGCCAUCCGACAAGGGCCGCAUUGAACCACAUUUGGGCACACUGGGGACGCGGCCAGGACAGCCAGGCAAGCCAACCGCGGUACAAGACGGACGCCACUGUGGACGAGACGGAGUGGACCCCGCUGAUCUCGAUCGAGGGCCGCAGGGUCUCCGUCGACGAGAUGGUCGAGGAGGGGUACACUAAGUCGCUGCCCCUGCGGAACAACCCAUGUUCCACGGACAGCGCGUGUACAGGUGGGACAACGGCAAGCUUUAUCGCAAUCACAAUACUCCUCGUGGCGGUACCGACAUGCCUCAGCGUCUUUAUAGACAGUGCCACGCUGGGGGCAGUCCUGGGGCUCGUCGGUAUCACAGCCUCGGUGACCGUCGGGUACGUACUCCCGGGCAUUCUCGGCUGGAACCUCAUCGGGAUAGAUCUCGCAGCGACACACUGGGAAAGCCGGCGCGGCAGCACCCGCCUGAUCAAGUACGCUGACGGGCGCUCUACGCUCGCGAUGGGCAAGCGGAGGAUUAGCCGCCGCUGCCGUCUACGUAGUCGCGACAACCCGUUGAACCCAGGGCACAUACGCCCCACAUAUACAGUUCAUAUACAGCCGUUUCUAUCAAAGGACCUCAAGACGCGAAUUUCUAUUGUCCUUUCCGGAAUUUGCCUGCGAUUAACGCGUAGUUUAAUUUUUGAUCUCGAUGCAUCUGACGCUCGAAGAGUGUUUCCUUUGCAGGUGGGCAGCUGUCUGUACUGGUGGUGGGACACACGGUUGUGUUUGUACGUAGUUUAA